AUGCCUUCCCGCCUCAAUGGCCCGGCCACGCCUCGAUUUGAGCUCCCCGCUCUUGACUUGAACUUUGGCAGCAUCACCGACGGAACCAACAUUCCACCUCCUCCCCUGGACUCCCCCAUUGUGCCAACGCCUCCCCAAACACCUCCGCAAACAAAGAGAGUCGACGAGGCCGUCAUCAACGGGGACGCGGUCGAAAAGACGAGCUCUCCCGAUUGCAACACUGCUGGUAAUAAGUGGCCCGCCGAUGAAGCACCUUCGAGUCCUGCCGGCUCAGCCCGCCAAGGCAGCCUCCGGAGACUACUUAGUAGGAACAUGCUAAAUGCCAGUUACCUAGAGGGCAACUCGACUUCGCUGGACAACGUUACCAGACCACCAAGCCGCAGUGCCCACAGCCUCACGGCGGGAUACAAGUCAAGGAGGAACAGCUGGUUCAACCUCUUCAAAAGCGGCGAAUCGAAGCGUUCGAGCAUCAUGUUUGACGACAGCAGCACUAUGCCCAAGAGGCGGGCUGGUCCACCACCUCCGACGAUCCCCGAGCUCAAGGGCAUUGAAACCAAGGAUGGGAGCCUCGGAAACGAUCUCUUCAAGAACAUCAAGUGA